UUUCGAGCUCUAUCGCGUGCCGGAGCACAAUUGGGUGGCCACCGCAGCGCUCUAUGUCGAGGGUCAUGCCGCGCUCUGGCUCCGAGCGUUUCGGCAGCAGCAUCCAGUUCUUCAUUGGGAUAUGUUCAGACGUGCUCUGGAGGAGGAGUUUGGACCAGAGGAGUUCGAAUCCAUGAUGCACAAUCUCUUGCAGUUGAGGCAGACUGGCAGUGUGGUGGAUUACAGGCAACAGUUCGAAGUUUACAUGUACAACUUGCUGGCACUAGAUGCAACCCUCAGCCCAAAAUUUUUUGUUACUCAGUUCUUAUUAGGCCUGAAGGAUGAGCUCCGAGCAGCAGUACGCAUUCAAGCACCCAAUAGCAUAACGAGGGCCACAGUUUUUGCAAGGAUUCAGGAAGAAGAGCUUGAAAAUCAGCGUUCCAAGUCACGACCGGCGCAUACGGGCAGAUCAUCACCACUGCUCUAUACGGCACCACCGCCAGGAAGACCACCACCAGCACCAUCCACAGGGCCUGCGGUGCCUCUGACUCGACCGAUGGCAGCAGCCAAACCAGCUACAGAUGACUUUGGCAGAGAACGACAGUUACGCGAUUACAGACGCCAACAUGGUCUUUGUUUUCGCUGUGGGGAGAAGUACUCCAGGGAACACCAAUGCAAGCGCUCAGCCCAGUUAUUGACAAUUGAGGUAGGGGAGUAUGGGGAAGUUCUCUCCGAUGACGCGGUACGCGCCCUGGAACUACUGGAUGAGCCGGCAGCCACAGAAUCAGCCUGUUGCUUACUGUCAGCCAACGCGGUGGAAGGCACCGAAUCCGCGGAAACGAUCAGACUUCGCGCAACCGUUGGCGAUCAGACAAUGUUGUUGCUGGUUGAUUCCGGGAGUACACACAGUUUCGUCAAUGCCUCCUUCGCCAAACGCAUCACUGCAGCAACCAAGCCCAUACCUACAGUAGCUGUCAGAGUGGCUAAUGGACAACAGCUACAGUGCACUGAAAUGGUUCCUCAGUUACAAUGGACGGCACAGGGACACAAGUUCAGUUCCGACAUGCGUGUCCUGCAACUUGGGGUCUAUGACGCAGUCCUUGGGGUGGAUUGGCUUGCCCAACAUAGCCCGAUGCAGUGUGAUUGGAACCUCAAGACAAUUCAGUUUGAUUGCGAAGGAACACCGGUGCAUCUCACUGGUGUCCGAUCAGACGAAACACCAGCUCUCACAGCCCUUGAUGCAGCUCAAUUAUGGCAAAUGCAUGAGGCGAACGAGAUCUGGGGUGCUGCCUUGGUGGCCAUGCAGGCCCUGUCCACCCACAAUACAGAGGAUCCUAUUGUCCCUGUAAUCCAACAAGUGUUGACAGAAUUCAGAGAUGUCUUUGAGGAGCCUACCACACUUCCCCCACACAGGCAAUAUGAUCACGCCAUCAAUUUGGAACCCGGAGCAGUCCCCGUCAACUGCCGACCCUACCGCUACUCGCCGCUGCAGAAAGACGAGAUAGAACGGCAAGUUUCAGAGAUGCUCCGCCAAGGCCUGAUCACCCACAGCAUGAGCCCGUUUGCAGCUCCGGUGCUGCUGGUAAAGAAGAAAGACGGCACUUGGAGGUUCUGCGUGGAUUACCGUCGCCUCAACACUAUUACUAUAAAGAACAAAUUUCCCCUGCCAAUCAUCGACGAGCUCUUGGACGAACUCGCAGGCGCUGCAUUCUUUUCCAAGAUUGAUUUACGAGCUGGGUAUCAUCAAAUACGAAUGAGAGAAGGUGAUGAAAGAAGACUGCUUUCAAAACACAUCACGGGCACUUCCAAUUCAGAGUCAUGCCUUUCGGAGUCACGAACGGACCACCAACAUUCCAGUGCUUGAUAAACUCCAUCUUCUAUGGUCCGAAUCAGGCCUGUUUCUGAGAUGAUGAGAUAUAUCAAUAAGUUCAAAUCUGAUUUUGGUGGAAACAUUAUUUCACUUGAGCGUGUUCAGCCAUCCUUGGACCAUGUACCACAUCGAUAUCUUUUAGCGGAGGCUGGUGACACUCUAUUUGCUACAUUUAUCGGCACAAACCAAUACAAAGAUAUUAUUGCUGAUGUGAAUAUACUCCAAGGAACCAUAUUUCACGAGGAUACAGCUCAGGAUUUAGCUGAUGCUAUUGACUCUGAGCAGAACAGCGACCAAUUUGGUGAAGAAAACAUUGGGGUAUCCUGUCGAGAAAAACCAAAACAGUUCGGGAAAUCAAAACCUGCUGCACACCGAGGUUUUUUAGCUCGUGCUAAGGGAAUCCCAGCACUGGAGCUAUACAAACUUGCACAGAAAAAGAACAGAAAACUUGUUCUUUGUGGUCAUUCGCUUGGCGGAGCGGUAGCUGCUUUGGCUACUCUUGCUAUAUUAAGAGUACUAUCCUUGUCGUCUCCAACUAAAGAGGCUAACAGGCUUCAGGUGAAGUGUAUCACGUUUUCUCAGCCACCUGUUGGGAAUGCUGCAUUAAGAGAUUAUGUUCAUCGAAGAGGAUGGCAAUACUACUUCAAAUCGUACUGUAUUCCAGAGGAUGUGGUGCCCCGUAUUCUGUCACCUGCGUACUUUCAUCACUACAAUGCCCAAACACCCGAAGCAUCUUUUGCAAAUAGAGUGGAUGUAAGAUCAGAAGAAAAUAAGAAAACAAGCACCGAAGGUGCCGUGGAUAACAAUAGGGAACAACUUGUUCUUGGUGUUGGCCCUGUUCAAAAGUCACUCUGGACACUUUCAAAGCUUGUUCCCGUUGAAGGAGUGCGGAAGAGUUUAAGUGUACUUCAAAAACAAGCAAAUAUUUUUGAAAAGGCAUCCACACAGUUGGAUAGUUAUUUGCAAUCAAAGGUUGAUGAAUCGGAAGAAGAGCCGUGGUCUCUUGAAAUUCAGGAAAGUUCAGAAGGGAUUGCUCUUACCCCUUUAUCUGACAAUCAUGGAGGGACCACUGAAGAAAACAAUAGGACUGAAAAAAUUAAUUCAUCUAAAGUUGGAUGUUCCAAGCGGUGGAGUAGAGUGCCUUCUUUGCCUUCAUAUAUACCAUUUGGUGAGCUUUACCUGUUGGGAGAUUCAUCAGUUACUACACUUUCAGAUUCAGAAUACUCGAAGAUGACGUCGGUGCAGUCUGUUAUAAUGGAGUUAAGAGAGCGUCUUCAGUCACACUCGAUGAAAUCCUACAGAGCCCGCUUCCAAAAAAUGUAUCAUGUGUGCAUGUGUGCAAAUGCCCCCCUAUUUACGGGCAUCGAGCAACUACAACAAUUUUCGCAUCUACAACAGCUACUUGGUCUGACAGCUACUGAUUCUGUUGAACUUGGUCACAUUGUGGAGCCUCCUGCCAUUAGAACUGCGACUUCUAUUCUUCCUCUUGGAUGGACUGGCCUUCCUGGUGGCAAAAGUGCUGAACUGCUGAAAGUAGAUAUAAUUGGACACGGUCUGCAUAUGUGCACGCUUUUCCAGGCUCAGAUAAAUGGAAGCUGGUAUUCAACGGCCAUUGAAACCCUACCAUCAACGACAUCAUAUUCAUUGGAUCAGGAGGUGCAACCUACAUUGCAAAAAAUGCGGAUUUUAGUUGGACGUCCACUAAAGCAGCCUCCAAAUUACACUAGUGAGGACUUUAUGGUUCCUGUGGUCACAGGUGCUAUGAAUCCAGAUUAUGGAGUUGAGCCCUUUGAAGAUAAAGGUUGUUGCAAGGGUUUGAAUGAAGUUAUUAUAUAUGGUACAAGUGAUUUUGUAACAAUAUGUAAAGAGGUCUAUGUUAGGACCCGGAGAGUGCGAUUGCUUGGACUAGAGGGUGCGGGUAAAACUUCCUUAAUAAAAGCAAUGUUAGGGCAACUUAAAGAAAGAAACAAUGCAGUCCUUGAGUGCAUACAUGUAGACUUGCAUGGCAAGGCAGUAUCAAAUGGAUUGUGCUACUUAGAUUCGGCAACAGUGAAGUUGCAGGACCUACCUUUAGAAGUUAGGCGCUUCAAAGAAGAACUGCAGUUAGGAAUGCAUGAUCUCAGCAGGAAGACUGACCUAAUUAUUGUUGUGCAUAACCUAGCACAUCAUAUUCCGCAGUAUUACCAGUCCAACUCUUCUGAACCUCAGCCAGCUCUUUCACUUCUUUUGGAUGAAGCCAAGGUUCUUUGUGUUCCCUGGAUUCUUGCAAUAACCAACAAAUUUGCUGUCAGCGCGCAUGAACAGAACACAUUAAUCAGUUCAGCUAUGGAAGCAUAUAAAGCUUCUCCUGACAACACCAAGGUUGUCAACUCUUCUCCAUUUCUAAUGCCAAGUGCUAAAAAUAGUCUGCAUCCCAUCAGUUCUACCAGUGGCGAUUUGGAGGAGGAUUCUUUCGGCAGAGCCGCUUUUCACCCAGUAAACUUUGCGUUGUCACCAUUUCAUAGGAAGGACAUUGUUAUGCAUGUGGAGGGUGUUGCUGCCCUUCAACAGCAUCUACAUCAAGUGAUUGUGAGUAAUGAAGAACCAGCUUUUGAGGAGCUUGCUCGUGAGAAAUUGUCCCUGGAGCUUGCAAGAGAGAAGGCGGUGUCUCGUCAAGCUAAGCAGAACACACGAAAAAGAGAUGGAUCUGUCACAGCUGCUGCAGUAGGUGCAUCACUUGGUGCAGGCCUGGGGAUUGUAAUGGCUGUAAUAAUGGGAGCUGCAUCAGCCCUGCGGAAGCCGUGAUGCAUUUAAUUCGGUUGUUUUAUUAACGUAUAGUUGUAUUUCAUGCACUUGUUAUUGAAGAAUGCCUAGUAGACGGCACUAGUGUAAGAGCAUCUACAACCAGGAUUGCCUAAUUUUGAUCCCCAAACAUCCGCGGACGUACCCGGUCACUCGUUUGGGCCUCCAUUUAUGUAUACAUGCAACCAUGUCUGUUA